AUGGCGACAUUAAAAUUAAAAGAACGGCAACCCGCGGAGGAAAUUGAGAGUUGGGAUGACGAUGGCGACUUCCUCCUCGAGGGGGAAGAGCUGAGCAGGCGCACCUCUGCCAAUUUCAAUGCGCCCCUCCGCCGCCGAGACUCUACCUCGUCUCACGUAUCGUUUCGAUCCGAAAUCGAAUCGAUGCAAGGCGAUGAACAACAGUUUCAUAUCCCUGGCGAUGACGAAAGCUCAACCAUGGAUGCCAUCGCCGCUGCUCAACAUGCCGGCAUCCCAUUGCCCCAGAACGUGCCCACAUCGGCACUCAUGGGAGGAACCAUCAAGCGUCUAGGAGGACGCAAAAUUCAGAAAAUUAUUCAGGAUGAUUGGGAAAAUGAUCUGGAGCUCCCUGAGUUUUCCAAGGGCCUCGCCAUCAAGCCCAAAGAAACCCUCGAGUUUCCGGAUACGCUUCGACAAGUCAGUGCAGGCUCUCUCGCCGACAGCCCAGAGCGUCUUAGGACAUCACCGCCAGAAACUAUGGCACCUUCUGCACCCGCUCAAUCUGCGUCUACCCUAGCAGCCAAGUCCGCCACGAGCGCACUGACCUCGGCAAUCAAUUUGGACAAGUUCAAAGACACUGAUGAGGACGACUUCUUUGGCGAAGGCCCUGCCACUGUUCGCGUCCCUAGCAUCCCUAGGGGGCGGCAGCAGGCUAACCCGGUGUCUUUCAUCACACCUCCAACGCCACAGAAGAAAGAGAAGACAAAGGCGGCCGACGAUGACUUUGAAGACGACCUGGAGCUGCCCUCGGAUGGCAAGCUGAAGCUCUCAACUAGAAGAGACAUUCCCACAACGCCGUCGCAGGUCGACGAUUUGGACUGGGGCGAAGGAAGCCUAGGCACUCGCUGGGGCGGCACCCGACGUGAUGGACGGUCAAAUAGGAGUUCCUCUGCAUCUGCGCUCAGCCCUAGCAUUUCUAGCUCGGUCACUGCGGAGAGUGAAGACGAGACUUUUGAUGGUCUACUACUACCUACAGGUCCCUUGAACUUCAAGGAGCGACUUCAGAGGCGCAAGAACAGCCCCUCGCCUUCAAGAUUAACUGUCGAUACACGAAUUGCUAGUGCAACCACCACCCCAAACAAGCCACAUGUGGAACCAGAGCGUCAGGAUCAUCUUGAUGGACUGGACAUCGGCGAUGGUGAAGUCUUCGAGUCUUCCAAGCUUUCUCUACACCGAAACAUUAAAGUCAAGGAAUCACAACCUGCGAGUCCUGCACGACCAAAGACUGCGAUAUCGUUGACGUUUACCAACAAGUCUGGCAUGACCCCUCGUAUACCACGGCUUAGCCACGAGCGCUCGCGCUCUACCGCACUAGAGCCUGUCUCCGAGAGCGGCGGCCCUAUUUUGCAGAGGGCUCGUCGACCUCAAUCUCGGCUCGGUCACUCUGCACAGUCAUCUGUGGUUAGCGUGCCGACGCCGACGACUUUGCACGCUCCUCCCUUCCCACCAUCCACCCCACGCCGCAGAGAAGUAACAACAAGGUCGUCGUUCAGUACCCUUCGCAAUGACACUGCUUCUACAACAAACGCGCAGCUUCUACGGCAAAAGAGAUCUAUGCCUGCCGUUCGGCAAGCAAACUCGCCCAUGAAGCCCUCGACUACACGGUCCGACCGGCCACCAUCGAGGGAUGGCAAUCGACCUCAAUCUGGUCUCCGACCCAAGACUCCAGUCGAGCGCAUUCGCCAGCAGGAAAGCCCAACGUCACACUCCAAAAAGGCACCUAUGCCCUUCUUGCCAGCGGGAAGCUCACAGCAUACCUCGCACCAUGUGACGUCCAAAGGCAUGAGACAGUUUCGCCGGUGGGACUCUGAGAAUGCCAUUGACACUCGGCCCAUCUCUCGGACAUUCUCAAGGUCAGCUAUGCGCUCUCCAAGUCCUCAGCGGUAUAAAGUCGCUGCUGAUACUUGGGAGAGGCUCAGCAAACCCAAGAACAAGCGCAAUUUUGGUGAUGGUCAUGAGUUGGAUGCAUUUGACGACCUCCCGACUUCCAAGGAAGCCGAGACUCGCUUCUUGCGGCAACCAAAUGCGACCGGUCUGAAGUCUGCUUUGAAGAACAAAACAUAUCAGAGCCUGAUUCCCGACCGUAUUGGUACGCCUGCGCCUCAAUCGCCUGCCAAACCCUUGUCGGGCACUCCCCGAUUUGCGCGUGAUACUGCAGCAAGUCGUAUUGCUCGUGAGACGUCGCUAGCAAAUCGAGGUCCUGCGAAUGGCCCGCUUGCUACGAUCUCUGCGCAGCGCGGCACGAACUUGCCGCCGCGGUCAACUCCCAACCCGCAACUGCCAUCGCAACAUAUUAUUCGAUCAAAGAAGCCUUCUAAGCGCGCGCAACAGCAAAAGCCGCACUUGAUUGCAAACUUGAACAGCGGCAAAGAAUCCAGAACUGUCAAUGGCAUGUACUACAAUGCCGACACGUUCCGAUGGGAAGGCAACGAAAAUGCUUUGAAUGCCUUUGAUCACACAACAACGCAGUCGCCGGUACCAUCUCCUGCGCAUCUCGCGCGAGAGAAGGACAUCACAACGCCCCGCCCCGCACUCAUCACCAACAUUAGCUCCACCAAAGGAGUCCAAGUUGUCGGAGGCAUGGUGUUUGACCCGCAGAAUAUGUGCUGGCUCAAGAUUGGCCAGCAAAACAACCCGACGUCAGAGGCUGACGACACGAUGGAUGGUUUCGAUGCCCUGGACGACGAAGAGGAUGUCUUCAAAGACAUUCCUGAUCUGGAUGACAACGGGGCUGACGACACGCGGGGACAGGGUCGGGUCAGCGACAUCAAAGACGAAUGGCUCGUUGGAGAAGAGUUUGAUGUCGGCCCCGAGUUUAUUAGGAGACAGCGUGAAGAGGAGGACCGUUGGAGACGAAAGUGUGAGAAGUGGGUUGGUCGCGGAUCCCGAGAUCGCGACACGUGGAGGUGGACGAUUCGCGAGCUGGUCUCCCAGUUCGACGACUUGUCUGUUUAA